AUGAUCCAGGCCGCCAGGACGCGGGGCAUCCGCCAGGUGAUGAUUACACCGAACGCGUGUGCGGCUGGCCACAUGAUGACAGUUCCUCGCCAAAUGUCCGCGUGCCCACAAACGGUGGUCUACUUCCAGUUCGACGGCCUGCGCGAGGAAACCUAUCUGACCAUCCGGGGCGAACCCCUCCUAGACACCAAAAUACUGGCCCUCGACCGCCUGGCCGACGCCGGUAUGUCCGCCGUUCUCGUCGCCGCCAUCGAGCGCGGCGUCAACACCGAUGAGGUGGGCGCCAUCGUCGAGUUUGGCCUGCAACACCCUGCGGUUCGGGGCGUCGUGUUCCAGCCGGUAACCCACGUGGGCCGACACAUCCCGUUCGACCCCAUGACCCGCGUAACCAUCCCCGACAUCAUCCACGGCAUCGUUGACCAAUCCGACAGCCGCUUCGUGCUCGAAGAUUUCGUCCCCGUGCCCUGCUGCUUCCCGACGUGCCAGGUAAACUCCUACAUCUUCGUCGACGGCGACACUAUCACACCCUUGCCCCGCCUGCUGGACAUCGACCAGUAUCUGGACUACUCACAACCCGAACGCGCCUCCCCAAGCGGCCGACGACCGCGGUGA